AUGAAGGUUAUGGUGUGGAACUGCCAAGGUGCAGGGAGCCCCUUGACAGUUCCCCACUUGAAGGAGUACAAGCGACUCCUCUCCCCAGAAGUGAUGUUUCUUUGUGAAACUAAGAAUAGGAAACGAUAUAUGGAAAAGGUCCAGAGGAUCCUAAAUUAUGAGCACAGCUAUAUAGUGGAAUCGAUGGACAAAGCAGGAGGUAUGGUCCUAUACUGGAGUGCACACACCAAACUACUGCAGGUACAACACACGGCCUUCACUCUAGAGGCUCAUGUAGAGGACCAAAGCAGCAAUAGUGACUGGUGGAUAGUUGGGAUCUAUGCCAGCUGGGAUUUCAAUGACAUCUGCUCCAAUGAGGAAAAGUCGGGAGGAAGAAUAAGAGAAGAAUGGACCUCCACUGACUUCAGGAACUUUAUCCAUGAAAAUCAGCUGAUCGACAUUGGCUAUGAAGGACAGCCUUGGACAUGGAGUAAUAAUUGGGAAGGGGAUGGUGAGAUUAAACAGAGGCUUGAUAGAACACUGAGCAGUGUAGAAUGGAAUCUGAACUUUGGAAAGGCAAAAUGCACUCACCUGAAGUCCCAUGCGUCUGAUCACAGUGCUUUAAUUCUGGAUACUAACCCCAUGGAAAGGAACAGGAAAAAAGAUUCUUUUUUGACAAAAGGUGGCUUCAAAGAGAAGGUAUACUUCAAGUUAUCAAGGAAGUUUGGGACAAGAAGGAACUCUAGGGAAAGGAUUGAGAGGAUAAAGGAAAAGUUGGAUCAGAUUCAAGGAUCUUCACUGGUAAGUAUCAGAAAGGAAAGGGCUUCGCUCAAGAUGCAACUGAAGGAAGCUUACAGGGAUGAGGAAAUGUUUUGGAGCCAGAAAGCCAGACUCAAAUGGCUACAAGAAGGAAACAAGAAUACUCAAUUUUUCCAUGCACAGGUAAACAGUAGAAGAAAGGUUAACAGAAUGCAGAAACUACAAAAGGAAUAUGGGACAUGGACAGAAAAUGAGGAUGAAUUGGGAACUGAAAUUGGUAGCUACUACAGGCAACUCUUCACCAAAUCUACUGAGAGUAGUAAUCAUGAGAUUAUAGAUGGAAUCCCAAAAUCCAUUUCUGAGGCUAUGAACCAGGAUUUAACUAAGGUAGUAACAGAAGAGGAAAUCAAAUCUGCAAUCUUCUCUAUGGAUAGCAACAAGGCUCCUGGCAUAGAUGGGAUGUCCCCCCUUUUUUUCCAAAAAUUCUGGGAUAUAAUCAAAGGAGACCUGGUAAAUGCUAUUAAAAGCUUUUUUCAUUCCGGCAAUAUGCUAAAGGCUAUUAACCAUACCAUCAUUUCCUUGAUCCCAAAGGUCCCAUGUCCCAUUAAUAUCAAGCAAUACAGACCCAUUAGCCUUUGUAGUGUGAUUUAUAAAGUUAUUGCCAAGAUCCUUGUCAAUAGGCUCAAACCUAUUCUGCAUCAUUGCAUUAGCAUUAAUCAAUCUGCUUUCAUCCCUGGGAGACACAUUCUAGAUAACAUCAUUACCUCUCAUGAGUACUUGCAUCAUCUCAAAAAUAAAAGAUAUGAUAAGGAUGCAUUUAUGGCUGUGAAGCUUGAUAUGUCUAAGGCUUAUGACAGAGUUGAAUGGCAAUUUUUGCAAGAUAUUAUGGGAAAAAUGGGAUUCUGUGAGAAAUGGAUAACUUGGAUAAUGAAGUGCAUAAAUACAGUCUCCUUUUCUUUUAACAUCAAUGGAGAGUGUAAGGAAUACAUUGUACCUGAAAGAGGAUUAAGGCAAGGUGAUCCUCUGUCACCUUAUUUAUUCCUCAUAUGCUCAGAAGGCUUCUCCAGUCUACUGAAGAAAGCAAUGCAGACAAGAAGCAUGGCAGGCAUGAAGAUAAGCAGACAUGGCCCCUCUAUAACCCACCUUUUCUUCGCUGAUGACUCCCUGAUUUUUUGCAAAGCUAACUCUCAAGAAGCAAAGGAGCUGAAGAGGAUACUAGAGGUAUAUGAACAAGAAUCUGGGCAGAUGGUUAACUUAGACAAGUCCAGUGUGUUUUUUAGCAAAAAUGUGGAUGUGGCAACUAAGGAGGAAGUGUGUAUGGAACUAGGAGGGAUCCAACCAGUAUCGCAAGGGAAAUACUUAGGGCUGCCUAUGGUGAUUUCAAGGUCUAAGGGACAGCUGUUUGGUUACAUAAAGGAUAACAUCAAAAGAAGAAUGCUAAGUUGGAAAAACAAGCUUCUAAGCUCAGCUGGGAAAGAAAUUCUGAUCAAAGCUGUGGCUAUGGCAAUGCCUAAUUACACAAUGUCUUGUUUCAAACUACCUUGCAGGUUGUGCAAAGAGAUAAGCUCUAUGCUUUCCAAUUUCUGGUGGGGAAAAAAAGACAACAAGAAUAAGGUGCACUGGGUAGCUUGGAAGCAGCUGACAAGGGAGAAAAAACGAGGUGGUAUGGGAUUCCAGGACAUUCAAAGUUUCAAUAGAGCUCUGCUGGCUAAACAGAUUUGGAGAAUCAUCAGAAAUCCAAAUCUGUUAUCCAGCAGAAUUCUGAAAAGUAAGUAUUUCCCAAAUUGUAGUGUCUUGGAUUCCAGAACCCCCAACAAUGCCUCAUGGUUUUGGCAAAGCAUUAUGAGUGCAAGAGAAGAGCUUCAAUGGGGAAUUCGAAAAAGGAUAGGGAAUGGCCUUUCUACUAGAAUCUGGGAUGAUCAAUGGAUCCCAAACCAACAUUUAGGGAGGCCAAUCACAACUAAGCCAGGAGACUGCCAAGUUCAGAAAGUUGCUGAUUUGAUAGAAGGCUACAGGUGGAACAGAAACCUCAUUUUCAAAAACUUCAAAAAGGAGGAUGCUGAAAACAUUCUCAAGAUUCCCAUAAGCAUCACAGGAAGAGAGGACAAUAUCUUCUGGACAGAAAAUCAGAAAGGGGAAUAUACGGUGCAAUCAGGCUACAAGGUAAUCCAAGCUAAGAAUGAACAGGAGGGUAGAGGGGAAAGAGAAAGAAUUGAGGCUAGCUAUAGACCAAGGAGGACUGACAUGUGGAGAGUGCUGUGGAAACUAAAAAUCAGUCACAAAGUUAAGAUUUUCAUAUGGAAAAGCCUGAAAGAAGCAAUUCUAAUCAAGGAAUUAAUCUGGAGGAGAAUGUCUAAAGGAGACCCUAUAUGCUCAGGCUGUGGGGAGGAGCUAGAAACGUUGGAACAUCUUCUUCUGAAGUGCAAGAAAGCUAAGGAGGUCUGGAAAGUUGCACCAGUACAAUGGGAUGGGAUCCAGGAGCUGACUGGGAAUUUCAACAGAUGGUGGACGGCAUUAUCUGAAGCAAUCCAAAGAGAUCAAGGGAUAGACCAUAUAUCUCUCACAGCUUACAUUCUGUGGCAUAUCUGGAAAAGUAGGAAUGAUAAAGAGUUUAACAACAAAACACAUGAGCCAGGACAAGUAAUCACCAAAGCCUGGAAUGCAUGGAUGGAGUUCAACGAUGGGACCAAAAAGACAAGGAGCUGUAGUACUGAAUCAACAACAGCUUCACUUCACAGGAAUGAACAAGAACCGACCCAAACUCCAGACAACAGAAUAGCAGGAAUGCAGUUAAGAAUAGCAACCAAGUGGAACAAGGCAUCAAAAUCCAUUGGAUAUGGUAUUGUAGCAGCUGAUUGUAGAGGGCAGGAUGUGAUGGGAUGGAAAAUGAGAGAAAGAGAAAGCUCAAACCAAGUUCAACAUGAAGCUGAAGGUGUUAAAUGGGCCCUGAUCAAAGCAACAGAACAAGGAUGGAGGCUGGUAUGUAUUGGAGUUCCUAAUAUGGACCUGCUGCAGCAAAUACAUGGAACAAAAACAGUUGGCUUGUGCUUUAGAGAAUUUUCCUCUCAUGAGUCGGAUAUUGUUAGAAGCUUUAUACUUGACAUUACUUCUUGUUCGCAUGCAAGCUCUCUACUUUUUGCAGCCGUUGGCCAUUUUCGCAUUCAAGCUUUAGUGCUUGAAGCUUCUGAUUAUGAUAUUGCAGAUAUUCUCUGA